AUGGGGGAUUUUAAUGCAAGAACAGCAGAUAUGGAGUUGCAAAUGGUAAAAAGAUGUGAAAAGCGCAGGAGCAAAGAUUUAAAGUAUAAUGCAGAAGGAAAAAAGUUAAUAGAACUAUGUCACGAUUUCGGACUGAGUAUUUUAAAUGGAACAGCAAAUGGGGACAAAAAAGGAGAAUUUACUUUUAUUGGAAAGCAAGGAUGCUCAACAAUCGAUUAUGGUCUGAUAAGUGGAGACUGGCAUGCUGUAAUCGAAGACUUUAUGGUUGGGGAUGCUACUUAUUCCGAUCAUCUUCCAAUAACAGUCACUAUUCGUAAGAUCAUCGAAAAUUUAUCUUAUAGUGAAAUACAAAAAGAAAGGAGUUGCUUAAGAUGGAAAAACAAUUAUAAAAAUGAAUUUCCAGGCAAAAUAGAUACUAAACUUAGCCUCAAGGAAACAGUUUCUAAUGUCAAGUAUAUUCCGAUAUGUGACCUGGAAUCAAUAAUUUUAGAAACAGCUAAUUCUCCAAAAAUAAAAACUAAUUUCCGUAGAAAAUCUGUUUGGUAUGACUAUGAAUGCGAAAGUCUAAGGAAGAGAUCCCUUGCGCUCCUGAAUUUAUUGAGAUUAUACUCGUUGGAUACAAAAUACAUUAAAAUAGAGUAUGUUACAGCAAAUAAAGAGUACAAACGGAUAUGCAAUGAGAAAAAAAGAGCGCACGAAGAAGAAAUGGCAAUUAUAUUGAGCAAAAGUAAAGAUUCUGCAGAGUUUUGGUCGUUGACAAGAAAAUUAAAUGGGACCAAGUCUAUAAAAGAAGAUGCUGUAAUAGCAGUUUGUGAUCUACGGGCACACUAUUCAACUCUACUUUACUCGACAGAGAAAACAGUUUGGUAUUAUCCUGAACCUUGUUUAAAAGAUGAACACUUGGAUGCAGAUUUUGGAAUAGAAGAAGUUGUAAAUGCCCUUCAAUCUUUAACAGACGGUAAAGCAGCAGGAACUAAUGGAAUCCCGGCAGAGUUCUUUAAAUAUAACUCAGAAGAAUUUAAAAAACAUCUUACACAAGCUCUGAACGUUAUCUUUAAUUUUGGCACAUUGCCAGAGCAGUUUUACGAAUCUUUAAUCUGGCCAAUUUAUAAAAAAGGGGAUCCUUGUGAUCCGGCUAACUAUAGGGGUAUAUCUUUCUUAAACUCAUCCGCAAAAUUAUAUUCGACUCUGCUUUAUAAAAGAUUAAAUAACUGGGUAGAUGCCAAUCAAAAACUCAGUGAAUUCCAGGCUGGAUUUCGGAAAGGGUAUUCUACAGUUGACAAUAUCUUCGUCCUAACUUCAAUUGCAAAAAUUAAACUGGAUCAAAGUAAGAAAUUAUAUGUUUUCUUCGUAGAUUUUAAAGCAGCCUUUGAUACGGUUAAUAGAAGUGCUUUGGUUUAUAAGCUGUUCAACCUCGGAAUAUCGUCUAAAUUCGUGCGAGCGUUGGAAAAGAUAUACCAGCAAACAACAGCAAAAAUAUUCAAUGGUCAAGAGCAAUCAGAAAGCUUUGAAAUAAACAGCGGAGUUAAACAAGGUUGUAAUCUGAGCCCCCUUUUAUUUGCACUAUUUUUAGAUGAUAUAGUAGAUUGGUUAACGUGUGGAGUUGAAAUUGGAAGUUCAAAAAUAAAAGCAAUAAUGUACGCAGACGAUAUAGUUAUACUCGCAGAGACUCCAUGCGCGCUUCAACUAAUGAUCAACAAACUGUUUGAGUAUUGCAAACUAUGGGGUUUGGAAGUUAAUGUCGCAAAAUCGAAAGUGAUGAUAUUUCAAAAAGGAGCUGGCAGGUUAGCAAGAGGUGAAAAAUGGAAAUUUGGAGAACAAACACUGGAAGUUGUUAAAAAAUAUUCAUAUCUUGGUAUGGACCUGACAUUCAAUUUGAAAAUGGAAAAACAUCUUAAAACUAAAUUGGAAAAGGCUAAGAUAGCAAUCUGCUCCAAUUGGAAAAGGAUCUUUUGCAACAAACUGAUAACUUUUAGUACAAAGUAUAAUGUCUUUAAUGCUACGGCACAGGCCAUUCUCUUUUAUGGAGCGCAGGUGUGGGGUGCGCAGAAAUUCGAAAUCGUUGAAUAUCUGUUACGUUUUUUUCUAAGAAAAGUCUUUUACUUACCAAUUAAUACACCAAAGUAUAUGUAUAAUCUUGAAUCUGGUCUGCCAACAAUGUUCAUUUCAACACUAAAAUUGAAUGCUGAUUAUCUAUUAAGGGUGGUAAAAAUGAGUGAUUCCAGGCUGCCAAAGCUGAUAAUGCGCCAUGCAAUAAAAAAUAAAACUCUUUUUGUCAAGGAAUGGACAAAAAUAGCGGCCGAUUGUGGUGUUACGAUGAACUGGGAGGAGAGUAACAUAGUUAACUGGAAAAAGGAUUUAUACGAAGUCAUCAUGCUCACUGACGAAAAUGAAAGGUAUGCCUUUAUGGAAAAAGCUCGUGCGUCGACAGAAAGAGUGUAUUACUCAAAGGCUAACCUUAAUCUCAAUGAGUGCAACUAUUUCAACAGUCGUUAUUCCUGUUAUGUCAUUGGGACGAUUUUCAAAAUCAGAGGUGAGCUGAUCAAGCUGAAUGCCAUGCCGCACCGAAACGAUGGCGCAGGUCUUUGCAACUUGUGUAACCUACAAGCACGGGAAGAUGUGUAUCAUUUCAUCGGCAUCUGUCCAAUUUUAAAGGAAAUAAGGCGAGUCUACUUCGGAAAAAAUGUUUUAGAGAGGGAAGAGGUGCGUGAAUUUCUGAAUGGUGAUGAUUGGAAGCUACUUUUUGAUUAUUACACGGAAGCCAGCACUUACAGAUCCAAAAUAAUUAAUGAAGUCUUUUAA